GGCGCGCAACUGUUGAAAAACUGUCACACAACAAACCGAAGAGUAGAUAUUGAUGCUGUUCAACUUCGUCAAAGCUUCGGUGGCAAAGUUUUAGACAACCUGAAGCGUUUUUCUUGUAAAACUAACCGUGGCUACGUAACAUAAAACAUGUCGUUUGUGAGAGUUGGACGUCCACAACAAAACACCAAAGGAAAAAGACCUGUUCGCCCCAAGAAGGCAGCAGCUCCCAAAGGAGACUGGGUGAGCACUGUCAAUGACCUGUCUGUGUACAAGCUGUCCCCUGCAGAGCUGAGCCAUCGUCAUGAGAUUCACAAGUCCCACAACAAGGCAGCGGCGCAGUGGGAGCUGAGAGAAAAAGCUCUACAACGCCGUUUCAGACAUGCUGGAAGCCCUGCACCUCUAGACCAAGCCAGCCUCAGCAUAAUAAGGGAGGUGUUCUCCGACCAGCUGCUGCUGCAGGAUGUGCUGGCUCGCUCUGACAGAGCCAUGGCUGUUGUCAAAGACUUGUUUGGAGAUGCUCCACGCAGGCAGACAGGGCACCCUAGUGUGACGAUGGCUCCAAACUGUGACUCUGACUCAGGGCUGCCUGUUCUCCAAAGACCAGAUCCUCCAACUCAGCUGUCACAGCUCAGCCAGUCUAUGAUGGACCAACAGGCUCUCAAUGAACUAGAAGCUUCAGAGGAAGACCACAGUGAUGAAGAUACCCGUCCUGCUGGCAGCUCAGACGAUCAUUUAAUCCAAAGGUCCAAUUUACAAAAAAUGAAGGCACAGUCUCGGAGAAGAGGAACACAGCGACAGAAACUUUGUCGGCCCAACUCUGCGCAGGCAGAGAGGGAUACAGUUCCUGUAACUCCCUGCACGUCAGACAGAGCACCAGGCCAAACAGCUCUUAAUGCCACAGUGGCUGUUCAGCGUGUUCGGUCCAGACAAAGCCAGUCAGAGGAAGUCAAGGAGGAACCAACAGUCCUGGUUUCUCAGGUCCUGAACCCUGAGCUGCCUCUCAGCCAGUCAGGCAGGAUCAGUCGUUGUACCAGCAGGAGCAGGAAGUGUGUUUCUCAGAGUUCAGAGCUGGACGGCUCGUCUGUUGCCUCUCUCAGUGGGGACCAGUCCAGUUUGGGCCUGCUGCAGGCCAUGCUGGGUCAGGUGGAGGCAGACUUGGAUACUCUGAGUCCUGACGCUGAACCAGCUUCAGCACAGAGUCAGAAACCGCACAGGACUCAAGGCCUCACUGGAUUCUCUGUCGCCUUGGUGUCCACUCUGGGACGUUUAGUUCACCUCCUCAAACAGAGGGAAGAGGAGGCUCAGGAGGAGGCUCGUGAGAGGAGGAGACUGGAGGAGGAGCUGAGAGAGCAGCGUGGGCUCAUUGAUGCUCUCACUGCUGAGACGAUGACUCUGAGAGAAGAGGCCGCCGCCCUGCAGGCGGAGUUGCAACAGCGGACAGCAGAGCUGGAGCAGAAGUUAGACACAGUAGUUUUGGUGAUGGGAGGACUUGGACUACUAGAGGCUCACACCGAUAUACCUCAAGAGUCUGAUGUCAAAGCUGCAGUUUGUCAGUCUGCACCAGUUGCUGAGCGAGAUCCAGAACAACUUCCAGUCUCUGUGUCUCCUGCUGUGUUGCUCUCUCCCCCUCGACAGAAAGACAGCUGCCAGCAACGUCCUGUGAAUCAUCCUGCACCGCUGCUCCAGGAGCCUCCUCCUGUAGAUAUCCUUCGUUCCCGUGAGGACGUCCACUCCCGCAGCUCAACCUCUAGCCUCACCAGCCUGCCUCUUACCGGCCUGCCCUCCACGUCCUCAGUAUCACUGACCUCUGACCCUCUCAGCCCACAGCUCUCUCCAGAGGCCAUGCUGGCUGAGAUCGCUGAGCUGAGCAGACAGAACGAGCUGAUCAAGGCCCAGCUUAGCCAGGCUAAAGGCCUCGGAUCAAAGGUCUCAGGAUCGCCGAACAGUGGCAACGUGCAGACAAGGUCGAGCUCCAGCAGCACAGGAAGAGUCACACCAAACAGUGUUGGAGAGAGGAGGACGUCUGUUUCCAGCAGCACAGGGAGAAGGAGUCAGCCUGUGCAGGCUGCUGAGGGAGAGCAACUGACGCAUCAGGCGACAUCUCCUAACCCCCUCCAUGUGAGCAGCGUGGAGCAGCGCCUCCUGGAGCUGAACAGACAAAGCGCAGCGGCGAGGGGUCGACUGCUGGAGCUUAUUGAGCAACAGAAGCAAAGUGUUUCAGCCAAAGUUUCUCCCUCUGGUUCCCCCAUUCCUCCCUCGGCCUUCAGCCCACAUACAGCAGGAGGAAGUCCAGAGUUGCUGCCUGCACAGGAGCUCCUGUCACAGCCUGGUGGUUUUGAGAGACGAUCUGCUGGUUCUGAAGUGUCUUCUUACAGUUUUGGAGGCGAAACAAGGGAUGGCAAAACAAAGCAGACAGAGAAACGCAGAGAGAGAGAAGGCUGGUUUGCUUUAUCUGCUCAUGUGAGAUGACAAGAGGAGAAAUAAUGAUUCAGCCCGAGGACAUUUAAAACUGACGUUGUUUUUAGUGUUUUAUCUAUGCAAUUUUAAAUCACUGAAUUAAAUGUUUUUAAAUGAA